CUAUGUAAAUAUGUCAUGUUGGUUUACAUGAUGGGAGGCCAUGGACCGUGUAAUGCAGAGCUUUAGGGACCUUUUCACCUACAAGCACUUAAAAAUGACUCUUGCUGGUCUCCAAGGCAACUGCAGGCUGAUCUGCUGAGAGCAUGCAUUCUCUGAGGACUACGAAGUUCACUGCCUCUUCACACUGCCAUGGACCAGCAGCUGAGUUGUCCGCACUGACGGUGUGGUCCUGGUCCCGGUGACCCAACAUGUAUCGUCCCAAGCCGACUCUGAAGGACCGGCAGCACCUGUACAAGCUCAUCAUCAGCCAGCUUCUCUACGAUGGCUACACCAGCAUCGCCAACAGUCUCAUCAACGAGGUGAAGCCACCGGCCGUCGUGUCGCCCUCUGAGCAGCUGAUGCAGCUGGCGAAGACAGGGAUGGAGAAUGACGACAGUGCGGUUCAGUAUGCCAUCGGGCGCUCAGAUACGGUGGCACCUGGAGUAGGUAUCGAUAUGGAAUUCGAUGCUGACAUGCAGUCAAUGUCUCCGGAGGCAUCAGAGUAUGAGACCUGCUAUGUAACAUCUCAUAAGGGUCCCUGCCGGGUCGCCACCUACAGCCGUGAUGGCCAGCUGAUUGCCACGGGCUCUGCUGAUGCCUCCAUCAAGAUCCUGGAUACCGAGCGCAUGCUGGCCAAGAGUGCCAUGCCCAUUGAGGUGAUGAUGAAUGAGACAGCUCAGCAAAACAUGGAGAAUCACCCCGUGAUUCGGACACUGUACGACCACGUUGAUGAAGUCACCUGUCUCGCCUUCCAUCCGAGUGAACAGAUUCUGGCUUCCGGCUCAAGAGAUUACACCCUCAAACUGUUUGACUACUCCAAGCCCUCAGCAAAAAGAGCGUUUAAAUAUAUACAGGAAGCAGAAAUGUUGCGCUCAAUCUCCUUCCACCCAUCAGGUGACUUCCUGCUGGUGGGAACGCAGCACCCCACCCUCCGCCUUUAUGAUGUCAACACCUUCCAGUGCUUUGUGUCCUGUAACCCGCUGGACCAGCACACAGACACCAUCAGCGGUGUCAGCUACAACCCCUCGGCCAACACUUACGUCUCCUGCAGCAAGGAUGGCAGCAUCAAGCUCUGGGAUGGUGUCUCCAACCGCUGCGUGACCACCUUCGACAAGGCCCACGAUGGCGCAGAGGUUUGCUCCGCUGUCUUCUCCAAGAAUUCCAAAUACAUCCUGUCCAGUGGCAAAGACUCCGUGGUGAAGCUGUGGGAGAUCUCUGCAGGCCGGACGCUGGUCAAGUACACAGGUGCAGGUUUGAGCGGACGUCAGAUGCAUCGCACGCAGGGUGUGUUCAACCACACGGAGGACUACGUGUUGCUGCCUGACGAGCGCACCAUCAGCCUGUGCUGCUGGGACUCACGCACAGCUGAGAGGAAAAACCUGUUGGCUCUGGGACACAACAACAUCGUGCGCUGUAUCGUCCACUCACCCACCAAUCCCGGCUUCAUGACCUGUAGCGAUGACUUCAGGGCUCGUUUCUGGUACCGCCGCACCACCACAGACUGAGACUUCCAUGUUUCCACUUUAUCAUGUUCCUCCCCAGUUCAUACUUUAACCCGAACAGAGACCCAAUCAGAAUGUUGGACUCUUCUGCUGAACUCAUAACAACUUUCUGUUGAUCUUUGUCAUCUUACAUUUUGAUUUCAUUUAAAACUGUGCAGUGGAGUUUUGGGGACCGAUCUUUAUAAAACAGUUGUCAUGUUCUUCUGAAGCUAUAGUCAGUUGCCUGGAUGUGCACUGAGACAGGAUUUGCUUUCAUAAACUCUACACUAAAAAGAGCACACCCACUUGAUUUGAUGAAUCCAUGGAGACUUUGGAAUAUAAUUUUUAAGAAUCUAUUGGUAUAUUUCCUAUUUUUAUUAAAGAGCGUGACCUUUCAUUUUGAGAGCAGGUCUUAUCAAUGACAUUUUGUAUUGCUCUCACUCAAAACCACUCAUUAGCACUCGAAUAUACCUGGCUUGUGAUUAGAUUUCAUGCACUCAAGCUUCAAGUGAUGAAUUGAUGUUUGUUGGUGCUGUUCCCAUGAAAUACAGAGGGACAGAAACAGGGCAGCAUCUCUUCUGAUUUCGUAGUUGGCAGCAGCAGGUUUCCCAUAAUAUAAGACUCAAGCUUCUUGUUUUUGCCACUCCUCACUGACCAGAGAUCUGCUGGACUGGUAAUUUUUCUUCAAUCACACUGAUGGGAAGCGAGUAUUCUAUUAAAGCUGUGGAAGGCGUGAGUUCAUUAACUUGGGUUACGUUACUACCUGUACAGGACUCUCAAUGACGUAAAGCUAACACAUCCAUAAUGAGGGUGAGACAAUUUCACUCAUCACCACUACACCCAGUAUUCCAUUGGUAGGGAAAUUUCGACGCAUUAAAAAUCACAGAGCAGAGGAGAAAUCUUAGAAGUUUGAGCACACAGAACCAAGGUGAGCAUGAGAAGAGCUGAAUCUCGAACACAGGAAAUCUAAGCACAGACAGGGUAUAUUUGAGUGCAUGUGCAGGGUUUAGAGUGAAAGCAUUACAAAAGCUAAAUGUGAAAUCAGUGCUCUCAAACUGUAAGACCGCACUCAUGAGUUAAGAGGAAAAACCCUCCAUAAGAAUCACAAUGUACAUGACCUGCUGAUGCUUUUCCCUGUGACUUGAAGGCCGACAGGAAGAUGAAUAAUGAUUAGAACAAGAAAUACCUGUUUCUGUGUCCACAUGGGGACCUGACUGUUUUAAGUCAAAUUUGAGUGGGUAAGUGAAUGGAAACACCUUGUGAAUGAUCCACUGAACUUUAGCCUGGCUUCACUUUCUCGAAACUAUAUGUGUAACCCUUACAUCUCAAACGUUUAUGUUGUCAUUUUGACCACAGAGCUGGGUUGUUAUCUUUUCCACUUUUAUACAAUGUCCUUGAUUUUUCUUUUUAUUAAACUAUUAAAACAAGAAGCCCCUUCUGUGAA